AUGGCGGUAUUUCCUCCUAUUCAACACACUGGAACUUCAUCUUCCAAUGUUUCCAUUAAAAACCUCAAUAAUAUUAAUACAAAUGUUGUUCAAAUACCCAGUUCUUCAUCAAUAAUUUCAACUCCUGGUUCAAUUCAAACUCCAAAUGUUGCCCUCCCAGUAGCAGGAAAUAAUAAUACAUUAAUGCUGAUGAACAAGCAAGUGACUUCAAAUGAUUCAUUAUAUUAUAUUUGCCUAAGAUUGAAAAAAAGAUUAGAAAGUGUAGCUCAAUUAAAACCAUAUUUAAACUUAGCUUAUUCAAGUGCUGAAGUAUUAAGUGAAAAUCAAGCUUUAUUAUUAUCACAAAAAUCAUCAUCAUCAAAUGGAAGUGGUAGUCGUUCAUCAAGUUCAAAUAAUCAUCAUAGUUUUAAUUCUUCGAAUGGUACUUCUUCAAAUUUUAGAGUUAGUGCAAUGUCAAAUUUAAGUAGUACAAGUGAUGAAUUUUCAACAACAAAUUCAAGUCCAAUGCCUUCUCCAUCUUCAUCAUCUUCACCUUUAACAACUUUUUGUGCUGGUGUAUUACCUGCAACAGUAAAUUGUGAUCCUGUUACUCAAUUAUGGGCUUUAUUUCAACAAGGUUCUCCAUUAUGUGUUAUAUUCAAUUUAAUUAAACCUGCAUAUUCAUUACCAGUUAUUUCUUCAGAUGAUCUCAAAACAUGUAAAAAAUCAAUUUAUGAUUUUAUAUUGGCAUGUAAAAAUUAUUUAAAUUUUGAAAAUUCAGAAUUAUUUACUAUAUCAAAUGCUUUUUCAAAUGAUACUGAUGAUUUAAUCAAGAUUAUUAAAGUAAUAAAUCUAGUUAUUGAUCAAGCUCCAAAUGUUUUCAAACCUGUGGAAUUAAAUAAUGAUGAUUUAAUAAAAAUUACAGAUUCAAGAUCAAAAGUCUUGAAAGAAUUAGUUGAAACUGAAAGAAAAUAUGUUGAUGAUUUAGAAACUUUAUUAACUUAUAAAGAACAAUUAUUAAAUCAAAAUAUAAUAUCUUCAGAUGAUUUAUAUAUGUUAUUCCCCAAUUUAAAUGAUAUAUUAGAUUUCCAAAGAAGAUUUCUUGUUGCUUUAGAAAUUAAUAAUUUAGUUGAUCCAAAAUAUCAAAGAAUUGGUUCAGUUUUCAUUCAUGCUCAAUCUUUUUUCAAAUCUUAUGAACCUUGGUCAAUUGGUCAAAAAGCUGCAAUAGAUUUUAUAAAUUCUUCAUCAAUGAAGUUGAAAAAUUCUUCAUUAAUUAUUGAAAAUGAAUUAGAAUUACAAAGUUUUUUAAUUAAACCUGUUCAAAGACUUUGUAAAUAUCCAUUAUUAUUAAAAGAAUUAAUUAAAUAUACUGAUUCUUCAAAUUCUCCAGCAAAUCAAAGUUCAAAUUUUGCUGAAUUAAAUUUAGCUCUAGAAAUUUCCAAAAAAAUUGCAAAUGAUAUAAAUGAAAAUCAAAGAAGAGUAGAAAAUGUUGAAGUUUUAAAAAAAUUAUAUGAUAAAGUUGUUGAUUGGAAAGGUUAUAAUGUUAAUUCAUUUGGUGAAUUAUUAUUUUUCGAUAAAGUUAUAGUUAAAGAUAAUUCAAAAACUUCAGAAGAACGUGAAUUUCAAGUUUAUCUUUUUGAAAAUAUUAUAAUUUUUUUCAAAGAAAUUUUACCACAACAAAAAAAAUCUUCAAUAACUUCAUUAAAGAAAAAAUCUCAAACAAAUUUAUUAAAUUCUAAUCAACAAGAAAUUUUAGGUUUAGAAUUAAAAGGUAGAAUUUCAAUUGCAAAUAUUUAUAAUAUAAGUACAAUAAAUCAUUAUUUAUUAAAUAUUUCAUGGUCAGGUAUAAAAGAUACUGGAAGUUUUUUAAUGAAAUUUAAAAAUGAAGAAAUUAGAACAAAUUGGGAAUCUUGUAUAAGAAGAUUAGUUUCAAAUUUACAAGAUGAUUUACAAAAUAAUAAUACAAAUGGAUUAAAUAAUUUUUCCAUAAAUAAUAAUACAAAUGAAAGAAGAUCAAAUGGUAUAUCAAUGACUACAAGUAAUAGAUCAUCAUAUUUAUCAAGAUCAAAUUCUGAAACUGCUUCAACAAUAAAUUCAACAUUACCACAAUUUCAUCAAAGACAAAAAUCUGAAGUUCAAAUCCCACAAUUAUCACAAACAAGAAGAUCAACUCAAGAUUCCAUACAAAGUCAAAAAAGAUCAAUUUCAGAAUCUUAUAAAAAUCAAUUACCAAAUAAUAAUGUUAUUGUUAAAUUACAAUAUGAAAAAGAUUUAUUUACUUUAAUGAUUCCAUUAGAUAUUGAAAUUGAUGAAUUUUUUUCAAGAUUAGAAAAAAAAAUUAAACAAUGUGGUGGUAUUAUGAAAGGUAAAAUUAAAUAUCAAGAUGAAGAUGGUGAUUUUAUUGUUAUUCAAAGUGAUGAAGAUUGGUCAUUAGUUAAAGAAAUGAUUAAAGAAGUUGGUGAUAAAGUUUUAAAUGUUUGGGUAGCAUAA